GGCAGCAGCAGCAACAACGACGACGACGACGACGGUGACUGCCAAGACCAAGACGACAGAGGAACCCCGUCAGCCGCAGCAGCAGCAGCAGAUCCGGACUGAUUUGGUCAGGCGGCAGUUGUGGAGUGUGGGUGGUGCGUGACACCAUCAUCACCAUCAGCGGCAGCAGCAUUUCUUUCUUCCUGCAAAGCUCCCGAAAGCCACACCACUAGUGGAAAAGUGCUGGACCGGAAUUUCAGUUGAUUUUCUUGUGAAUUGAAUUGGUUUGGGACGGUUUCUGUCUGCCUUGCAGAAGACUUUUGGUGUGCAUUUUCACGGUGUACUUUAGACUGCUGGACUGUGAAGUGAAGAACGAGUUGGGAUUAGAGUGAAAGUCCUGUCUACAGAAACUUGAGCAGCUCGCAGGUUCAUGAAGUGGUACGAGUCUGAAGGGACAUAGGUCGGAAUUCUGUGGACAGAGAUUUGAGGUUUUGGUAAUUUGUGGGGAACGGUUUUGAGCCAAGGCGAAAAAGAUUUGGUGUUCCGAUUUUUUUUUUUCGUCAAGGGAUUCUCUCCUGGUGGUGGCUGCCUGCUUCUUCUUCGUCUAGUGUAGCAAAGAAGUGCGUGUUCUUGGUAUUGUUCCUGGCGCUGGUGCUGAUGCUGUUCUCUCGUGAACAUCUCUCACUCUCGGUGUGUUUAUAAUAAAUUCCUUUCUGAGUUUGUCGUCUGGUGGGGCUUCCUACCAAGGAUGGCCUGGUUGAUGGUUUUUUGGAAAAUGUAGGCUACUCGGUGUUCAAUUGAGAAUCUCCGUACAAGAGCAAAAGUUGGCCAAGUGAUUCUCGAUUUGAUUGUGGUGGUAUUUGGCAGCACGGCAGAGUAAAGAGCAUGUGUGCCUUGAAUGGCUAAGUGAUUGGUGAGGAAAAUUGCGGGCGGUGGGUGGAAAAACAACACGCGAAGAGAAAAGUGCUGGUAUUCCGUGGUCGUAGAUGUUAAUGAAUUUCUCGCGAACGCCUAGGAAAAGCAGUGAGUGUCCCAAGGAAGACGAAGACGAGAGUGAGUCACCACCUCUGUGAAGGAAUUUUCCAAAAUAGAGCAGAGAAUCGAGUAGUGAGUGGGAUUUUGCGAGCGAAUUCGAAGAGCAGGAAAGUGCCAUCUGGAGAAUCCAGCAGGAGUGAAGUGGCGUUUUAAUCAGUGACCUCGUAGUACGCAUGAGUUGUGAUAUCGAUUGAUUGCGCACGCAAAGGGUUUUGCUCGCCGCGCCAUCUCGCUACAGUGUACUCUGUAAUGCCGUUUGGGGCCAUCAUCGAGAAGCAGGGAUCGGCAUCCUGCAGCGCGUUGCCGUAGCCGCGGAUGAGUGAAAAGUUUGACGGAACGUUGCCAGUAGCCGUCCCAGAUUCACGGUUCGCGUCCCAUUCGAAGGAAUUCUUCCGGCCAACGGGCCUAUUUCGGUCGCGAGUGUCUAGUGUCGAAAAACCGAGCAACAGCAGCAGUAAUAGAGUGUGCGAUCAAGAUGGCCGCAAGUGUUCCACGACGACGAGCAGUGCCAGUGUUGAGAUACAGUGCUACAGCGAGCUACUCCAGAAUACCGUGUCCCGUUGCAGCAGUGCAGCGACACCACUAAGAAGCAUACGCAAGGACGUUAGAAAACUGAGAUGAUGGGGCCAUGAGCCCGAGCCCCGAGGUCAUCAAGAGUCGCAAGUGCGUCUCAAGCGGGCCUGCACCAUGCUAGCGCCGCCGAACCCGAGGUCAAUAUGCGGCCAGGACCCGGGCUGGUCGUGAUGGCGCUUGCGUUUAUUUCGGGGGCUCGGCGAGGCACCAGUCAACAGAGCAGUGCCAGUCAAGGUAGCAAGUUGGGCAAAUUUGAGGAAGACAAUACGGAAGCACUAUCACGGAUAAAUCCGUGGUUGUCAGCGUGCGAUCUGGCGCAACCCAACUCAGCACCGGAUCUCCAGGGUCAAUGUUCAGCCGGUACACUGCCUGUGGCCUGGAUAGACGAAGGUCCUGGUCCACCACGGUGUCCACCGCCAUGCUCGGCUAAGUCUAAUAAUAAAAAUAGUAAUAAUAAGGCAACCCAUAUUGAUAAUACUAAAUAUAGCAUGGAGAACCGGUUAAAUGAUAAACAACAGUGCCUUGACUAUUUGGGCGACAAUGAAGAGAGUCCAGCACAAAUUUGUAAAAAAUCGCCGUCAGAUAUUGCGACCAAGUUGAAAACGUUACGUUUAAGACAUUGUUGUGAACGUACUGUUGGGAGCGCGCUGCACAACGACGCGCACGCCCGAGUGUUGAGCGGUGGUUCAGACUGUGUUAGGAAGCUGAGUGACCUGCUGGAGACGGACGCGCUGGCCGCCAGGAUCACGUGCGAGUUCACCGAGGUGCUGGUGCGGUACGACUGCGGACAGCCGUACUCGAUUAUCCACCAUUGCGAGGACUGCAAGGAGGCAUAUCGAAGGUGGGGUUGCACGAUUUUACUGCCAUACUUUGCGACGACGGAGGAAGUGGCCAACAUGAGUAGUAGCAGUUGGGACAGCGGAAGCACCAGCGGUGGCAGUUCCCGGGGAAGCUCUGGCACCAGCAACAUAAGUGUUAACAAUAAAACCGGAACCGACGGUGAUCGACGGCCGCCCCAGGGUAAACCAAACGCCACCUACCCGAGGGACGUGCGGAACAAGCAGACUGAACCAAAAUUGAGCGAUCCGAAGAAGCAGCAGCUAGUAAAAGAUAUAUCAAUCGGUGUGAAAAGCUCGCGCCGAAAAACGCAACGAGUACGAAUACGACCGUGUCUAGAUGUAUGUCAAACCGUAGAGCAAAAGUGUCCGUAUAUGCUGCCGGGUGACCGGGCGCCAGCGUUACCCACUCAGUAUGCUGGUGAACCAACGUUUCUCUGUCGAGAUCUGAACAUCCAGGAAACGGGCGAACAAGUGCUAAAAUCAAACAGUGGCCCGUCAGAGUGCUGUUACGGCUACUGUGGAUCAAUACCACGGUCUGGUGUCUGCGCCAGGUGCGACCCACUGCUGGACGACGAAGACGACGGCACCGAGCAUGGUCAAAUGGAUGCAGACGCGAAAAGCGACAGCCCCACCAGUGGGAAGAAGGCAGCCGCAAACAGCACGAAUGCCAUCAGCAGUAGCAGUAGUAGUGGCUUUACCAGCAUCGACGAUGGUAGCAGUAGUAGUAGUAGGAAAAGGAAUCUCCUCGAGGAACUGCGGUUCAGUAGCGAGCUGCCGCCCCGAUUAGCCACGUGUCCGAGCAUAACAAGCGCAACAACUCCGUCAUCACCUUCGGAACACUGCAGAUCAGCGCAGCAGCUGCUACUCCAGAGUCAAACGCAACAGCAGCAACUACCCAGCAAUCCCGACACUGUUGUUACACUUCCAUCGGCGGCGCCGUCAUCGGCAUCGACGGCUCCCGCAGUGACGGCGACUACGACGGCGGCAUCCUCAUCAGCCUCUUCGUUAGCAUCAUCGUCAUCUUUUAUUAAACUAACUAGUAUAAAGUCGAUUUAUAAAGAUUACUUUAAUAAUUCGUGGACGAUGAGGUUGCGCUGUUUAGACGAAUUUGUCGCAUGGACGAAGAUCCUGCUCCAGUUAGCUGGGUUAUAGUUAAGGCAAAACCUUUGGACGCUAACCGGUUAGGUUGAAUGAACACACACCAUCACUACACACUCGGAAACACUCACACACACACUUGAAUACACCCCUUGUGGGCACGCAGCUAGACGUGCUUACGCGAAGCCGAAUUUCGCCCAACAAAAGGAUCAACUCGAGAAUAGAAGCAAAAUAAACCAUUUCAGCGUUAAACGAAAACAACGGAAAACCCCGAAUUGUAACAUCAAAUACACAAACGAAAUGAAGUUGAAGCACAGACUGUAGGAGUGUCGAUCGAUUAAAUGGUUGAUUUGCAGUGCAAACCCGAAUGAUCACAACGAGAGACGUGAGGAAUCGUGAAUUUGCGAGAAAAAAAGCAACAACAGCAACAGUAAACAUCAACAAACUCAAACCAAAACAGAUGAUUAACAGAUUGAAGCACAAAAAUUUAAUACCCAUCUGCUGCUCACCUCGGGCUCUCGGGUGCCACUCAGUCGAUCGUGUCCCUACGUUGGCGCGUUACCGUCGGUCGAUUCGGGUUCCGUGAGAUCAGUCGCGCAAAGGCCGAUGAUCGGGGAAGGGAAAAUAAACAAAAUUUCCAUUCCGUUGCAAAAUAGCGUGGCGUGUGCGUGCUUUCGCGAGUGCGAGUGAUUAUGUGCUUUUUUCACGUUGGGAAUUGGCUGUGUUUGGGAUAGAGAGGGGGGGUUCAGACUAUGGUUCGACCGUGAAUCAACGAAAAAGUUACGGCUGACGAGUGAUGAGUAGUGAUCGCGCGGGUGGCACCCUCAGAGCUGGAAGAAGAUGGUGCGGCGGAAGGGCGGGAGAAUAAUAAAUGGAAUAUGGACAAUUUUAGGUGAAAUAUUAAAGAAAUUAUUAAUUGUUAAGUAAAGUGAGAAAACUAAUAGACGUAAACGAAAGCUAACAGUAGAAGAAGAUAAGAAAUGAAAAGGUUCAACAGAUAAACAAACAUAAGCAGUUUUUACAAGAUGCUGAAACAACACGUGUAAGCAAGCAAGUAUUUUUCGAGUUCCAUUUUUUCCGUUGUUAAGUUUCAAACUAUUUUCGAGCGUUUUAGUGGAGCAAACAGCAAAACCGAAACCAAAUCAGAAGGAAAUGUGCACCGAGCCGGAUCCGUCGUCGCAAGCUAUGGUUUGGUUUGGUAAAACUUCUUGGUAAUUCUAUCGCUGCCGAUCGGAGUGAUGAUGGAGAUUGUUUGGACAAAGUGAAACGACUGGAUAGAAAUAUUCAAGAGGGGAUAUCGGCUGUGCGAGGCACGAAACGUGUACAGGAACAAACGUGAAAAAGUGUGUAGUGUUGAAUAACACACGGUUUUUGAGUACACCUAAGUCGCUACUAUUAUAAUUAGUCCGUCAAUUUUUACAACAAUCGUUGUUAGUUGAACAUGCCAAAAACACGUGUGCGUAAUUCGAAGGAGAGGACACAUUGCAGAAGAAACGGUAGUCAGACUGAGAGAUACGUUAGUAUCCUCCAGUGGACUUGUUAGUGUGAAGAGAUCAAGCAAAAUCCACCAAUAAACUUAUUUAAUCGUGAAAGGUAAAUGCACUAGUGGGAAUUAGUAGCCAACCAAAACAAAAAUAAAGGAAACAAUUUCUUCACUUUUAUACUCGUUGUUGAAAAGCGAAGCAGAACGAGACGAUAGGAAUGCUUUUGUUUUUCGCAACCCUACACUGACACAUUUUCAUCAUCGGAACUUCAAGCGCACACGCAUCGUUUUGUCCCAUGUGUUUGCGUGAGAAUUCAGAUUGAACGAAUAUCGGCGAAUUUAAGAGAUGAAUCAAUAGGAUGAAGCUCUUAUUGACACAAGCAUACCAACACACAGACACUCACCCGUAGAAACCUAUCGUAAAUUGUUAGAACGAACUGAAAUUAGAAUAACCGGUUACCAUGUUUGAAAAUCACUGUGUCGUAAAUUAUCGAACCAAACUCCUGGCGUGGCCAUGGUGGGAUCCAUCGAUGGUAGGGCUGGGACCUUCGAUUAGUCCAUCCCUUACCUUUUACAAAUCCAAUACCCGAACUCGAUGGCCGUUGGACCAGAACCAGUGUACGAGAGAUCAACAAAAAAAGACGAAAGUAUUUGGCCCAACACCCAAAACAACAGGAAAAUAUGAAAAUAAGUAUCUCUAAUGAAGAACAU